CAUGAACAGGGCUCUUUCUCCAAAGGUUAUCUUUCCAUCAAAGAUAGUUGCUAAUGGGACACCAGGAGCACUGGAGCUCAGCAGCUCAAGAAGCCGAGUGAGAGAAUAUAGCAGGGACUCUCUUCACCCGAAGCAUCCUCAGAGAGCAAAGGCGAUGCGUCCACAGCAAGGCAUCUGCUCCAAAGACAGCAUAAUGGAUGUAUCAAAUGGUAUAGAAGACAAUGGGCAACUUCCCGGCUCAACCACCAGAAGAAGGCAUUCUUUAUCUCGCCUCCCAAACAGCAAUGCAAGAGAGUAUAGUCCCAUGCAGCCAUUGGCUAGAAGGAUAUGGAGGACUGGCUCGGAGCUUGACUUGCGACCAUCCUUACUGGAAGAGCUAGGAAGGAAAAUUGAGCUGGGGGAAGCUAGCUGCAUGGUGAGGAACCUGGAGAUGGAACUCAGCAUGAUGCAGUUUGAGCUGUACUCCCUUAAACAGAAGCAGAUGGAGAGCUCUUUUGCUCAUCUACAAAAGGAAAAGAAAUGGUUGGAAAUGACACGGACGAAAGACAGGAAGCAGAAAGGGGACCUAGAUGACAAGAUCUUCCAUUUGGAAAUAGAGCUGGUAAAGGCCAAAUCUUGUAUAGGCAAAAGGAAUCGUGACUCACCGUCAUCCCAGGACUCCAGUCAGAAUGUAGCUGCGGGAAAGAUGGACAUUGGCCAAGAGCUGAUAACUCUUCAGGAAAGCCUGGGAGGCCAUAAGAAGCACAUCAAAGCUUUAGAAGAAAAACAAGAUGAGAUGGUGCAGCAGCUGAAAUCUGCUAAAGAGGGUCAGCAGAUGGCACUGGGGGAGACUGCCGAGGCUAUCCAGAGAGCAACAAAUGCACAGCAGUUCAGCCAAGCGCUGAAGGAAGAAAGAGGGAGACUCCAAGCUGCCUACAAUAGCAUCAGGCUGGAGAAAGUGGCUCUCCACCAGCAAGUCCAGCAUCUCACCAUGGAACUGGAGGGUGCACAGAAGAAGCAAGAAGGUUUCAGUGAUCAAGUCUCAGCCCUCUAUUCAGAGCUUGCCAGUGCCAAGACCCAAGUCAACCACCAGGACAAGGAGAAGGUCCUCAUGAAAGAGGAGCUGGAGUCAACCAGACAGGUGAACAAAGAGCUUUCUUCUGAAGUGGCCGAGAGCCGCCGGAGGCUAGAAGCCUCUUUGGAAAAGCUUCAUCAUUUGGAGGCGGAGAAGAAAAUCCUAGACAACCGCAUCCAGGCUCUGGAGAAUGAGCGUACUCAGCUGCUGGAAGAGGGGGAAGGAAGGCCCCCUCCGGGACAGGCGGAUGGAACAAACCAAGAGGAGGAUGUGAAGCCUCUCCAAGAAACCUGUGCUGAUCUGAGGGAAUCUCAGGCCUUGCUGCAAAGGGAAAAAGACCUCCUACAGGCUUGUUGCCAGGAGCUAGGAGCGGCAUUGCAAGCCAAGCGGGAGGAAGUGGCCAACCAGCUGGCCGAGCAGCAGCAGGUCUCCCAGUACUGGAGAGACCAGUGGGAGCAGGUGACUGCAGCCCUGAAGACCAAGGAGGAGUUGGAGGAAAUGCACGUCCAGAGCCAGACCCUCCCUACCCAGGUGGAAACGCCUCUGCUCCUUCAGAUCCAGCUAGAUGCUUGUAAACAGGAGCUAGAACUGGAAAGGAACCGCAGCCAGGCCCUGCAGCACCAAAUCCAGCUGCUGCAAUCUGGGAUCCAGAACAACGCUGUCCCUGAAAAAGAGCCUACCUUGAAGAAAGUAGACACAGAACUGGUGCAAGAGGAACUGCAGAAGGUCUGGGACAUGCUGAAGACCUGCGACACAGAGUUGCAAGGGCAGCAGCAGGAACUGGAAUCCACCAGGAAUCAAUACACAGAAUGCAUCUUGGAGAAGGAGAGACUAGAACAACUCGUUACUUCUCUGGAAGAGCAGCUGGCUGAGAAAGAACAGGCUUUGAGGCACCUCAGGCAAGCCAAGGAUGCAGACAAGAUGGAUCUGGAGAUUAAAGUUUCUUCAUCACAGCGGAAGCUGGCAGAAAUGGAAGAUGUGAAACGGAAUGCAUCUUCCAAGCCCCCAGAAAUGCAGAAGAAAGGCUGCAUGACCAAAGAGGACGGCAAGCCCCGCGUGAUGUGUCCUCGCUGCUGUGCCGCUCUGUCCCAGCUCAAUCAGUUUAUUCAAAACUAUAUGGAAAAAAGAUCAGGAGAACAAGAGGAGGAGUCAGCCUUGGCCUACCUGUGUCAGGUGCGGGACUUCUUGAAGGGGAGUGAAAUUCUGAUAUCCACUCCGGUCCGUUUCCUCCUCCAGGACCGGAGUUGCGACUCCGAUGCAAAAGUCAUCAGGAGCCCCCAGGGAGAUCAGGAGAGCCUGAAACAGCAGCAUCAGCUGGUGACCGAGCAGCUGAAGGGACUUUUCAAACAGAAGCAGCAGCAACAGCAGCAGGCAGGAUACAGGAAGCAUCCUGGACGACCCAAGGAAGAAAGUCUGGUGGCGCCUCUCAAGUCGCAAGGGUUGCUGGCUAUAAGUGAACCGGUCAGGCUUCCUGAAGGAGGUCAGCCAGAAUUCCUAGACAUUCCUGGCAUUGCUGGAGAAGCACAGAGUCUCCACAAGCAGUUGAAAGAGAAAACAGAAACAAUCUCUGCCAUGGCCUCUGAAAUCCAGGCUCUGAAGCAGAAGAAUGAGGCCUUAAUGAAAGCUAAGAUGAGGUUCCAGCAACAGAUCCAGGAGAUUCGCAGACUUUCGAAACAACAGCCCGAAAGGAGCAGUACUGAACUCUUGGUUCCUAGGCUCUCCAUGAGUCUGGGGCAGGAUUUGCAAAGUGCUCAAGGGAGUGACAGCUCCGUGCAUUCACCCCAAAGUGAUGAGAUUGCAUUCUCCUUUCGCAGUAGAGAAAAUCUACCUUCGGCUAUGCAGGGGACUGAGCUCCAUCCCAGUUCUGAAGACAAGCAGAGUUGCAUCUUUUCCCUCCAAUCACAUCUAGAAGUGUCAGACAGCGCUGUGCCUUCCAUCAAGCUCUCAUUAGGCCCUACAGCUUCCCUGCAAGAGUCCCAGAGCCACACCGAGAGCGAAGGGGCCUUACUCAGUCCCCACAGCUCAGCUCUUUUAUCUCCAAGGCCGUAUGGGCCCCGACGACCAUGGGCUCCCUUUAAAUUCAAAGGGAGCCCCGAACCUUCAGAGAACUGA